AUGACCCUGCUGCCUUUCAAAGUGGAUUAUACAAUGACGUGGAGAAUGGGACCCAGUUUCACCAUGCUGCUGACUUUAUGGCUGGUAUGUGGAUCAGAACCCCACCUCCAUGCUAUGAAAAAAGGAAGCCAUGGAGGGCGGAAAUUGCCUCUGGUUUCCCAAGUCGGCAGUAGGCCAGCUCGGUUUCUGAGGCACACAGGGAGGUCUCAGGGAAUAGAAAGAUCCACUCCAGAAGAACCAAACCUUCAACCUCUUCAAAGAAGGAGAAAUGUGCCAGUGUUGAGACUAGCUCACCCCACUGUAUUGCCAGCCCCUGUGGGCAUCAAUAGGGCCCUGGUGAGGCCUAAGCAGAGACCAACAGUCAGGAGCUCCCCUCGUGAAAUGGUCCGAGAUGAGGGGUCCUUGGCUCGGUCAAGAAUGUUGCGUUUCCCCUCUGGGUCCAGCUCUCCCAACGUCCUUGCCAGCUUUGCAGGAAAGAACAGGGUGUGGGUCAUCUCAGCCCCUCAUGCCUCUGAAGGCUACUACCGCCUCAUGAUGAGCCUUCUGAAGGAUGAUGUGUACUGUGAGCUGGCAGAGAGGCACAUCCAGCAGAUUGUGCUAUUCCACCAAGCAGGCGAGGAAGGGGGCAAAGUACGGAGGAUCACCAGUGAAGGCCAAGUCCUGGAGCAGCCCCUGGACCCCAGCCUCAUCCCAAAGCUAAUGAGCUUCUUGAAGUUGGAGAAGGGGAAAUUUGGCAUGGUGCUGUUGAAGAAGACACUGCAGGUAGAAGAACGCUACCCUUAUCCAGUCAGACUAGAGGCUAUGUAUGAAAUCAUUGAUCAGGGCCCCAUCCGGAGGAUAGAGAAGAUCCGGCAGAAGGGUUUUGUCCAAAAAUGUAAGGCCUCUGGUGUAGAGGGCCAAGUGGUAGAGGAGGGGAACAAUGGUGGCGGAGGAGCGGGAAGGCCUAGUCUAGGCAGUGAGAAGAAGAAAGAAGACCUAAGGAGAGUACAAGUCCCACCAACCAGAGAGAGUCGGGUGAAGGUGAUGAGAAAACUGGCCACCACAACAGUGACUCCUCCCCCACCUCCACCAACCCCAAGGGCCACCACCCCUCCUCUGGCUCCAGUCACAAUGGUGACUCGGACCAUGUCUCGGGCAGUAACUGUGGCUGCAAAGCCUACAACCACUACUGCCUUUCCGACCACCCAGAGGUCCUGGACCACCUGGAUGCAUAUCUCCUCAGACUCCCACAGGCCCCCCACCACAGCUGAAGUGACUAUGGCCAGGGUACCUUUGGCCUCAGAGAAUCUCUAUCCUCCACUCAGGAAGGAGCAACACAAAGAGAGGCCACAGACCACCAGGAGGCCCAGCAAGGCCACAAGCUUUGAGAGCUUCACGGUUGCCCCUUCCAUCACCACCUCAGAGCACAGCACAAGGGUCAGUCCAGGCCGUUUCAAAGACAACCGCACAGACAGGCGGGAACAUGGCCACCGAGACCCAAAUGUGGUACCAGGUCCUCUCAAGCCAGCAAAAGGGAAACCUCCCAAAAAGAAGGCUCAGGACAAAAUUCUUAGCAACGAGUAUGAGGAAAAGUAUGACCUCAGCCAGCCUACUGCAUCUCAUCUGGAAGAGGAGCUGCAGGUGAUCAAUAUUCCCACUAAAAAAGCAAAAGAGUCUAAAAAGCAUGAAAAGCCGGAGAAAUCUGACAAGAAAAAAAAGAUGAAGAAUGAGAAACCAGACAAGCUACUAAAAAAUGACAAGCAAGUGAAAAAGGACAAAGCUGAGAAAAGGAAUAAGCAGGAGAAGGAGAAGAGCAAGAAGAAAAAAGCUGAUAAAACUGAGCAGGAUGGAUACCUGAAAUCCACCACAAAAGAUUUCCUUCAUAAUCCCAAGAAGUCAGUGACUGACCUGCUGGGGUCCUUUGAAGGCAAACGGAGGCUCCUCCUGAUCACUGCUCCUAAGGCUGAAAACAACAUGUAUGUGCAACAGCGAGAUGAGUAUCUGGAAAGUUUCUGCAAAAUGGCCACCAGGAAAAUCUCCGUGAUCACCAUCUUCGGCCCUGUCAACAACAGCACCAUGAAAAUCGACCACUUUCAGCUAGAUAACGAGAAACCUAUGCGUGUGGUGGAUGAUGAGGACUUGGUAGACCAGCAUCUCAUCAGUGAGCUGAGGAAAGAGUAUGGAAUGACCUACAAUGACUUCUUCAUGGUGCUGACAGAUGUGGAUCUGAGAGUUAAGCAAUACUAUGAAGUGCCAAUAGGAAUGAAGUCUGUGUUUGAUUUGAUUGAUACUUUCCAAUCUCGAAUCAAAGACAUGGAGAAGCAGAAGAAGGAGGGCAUUGUUUGCAAGGAAGACAAAAAGCAAUCACUGGAGAACUUUCUAUCCAGGUUCCGAUGGAGGCGGCGGUUGCUGGUGAUCUCUGCUCCUAAUGAUGAAGACUGGGCCUAUUCACAGCAACUCUCUGCCCUCAGUGGUCAGGCAUGCAAUUUUGGUCUGCGCCACAUAACCAUUCUGAAGCUUUUAGGCACUGGAGAGGAAAUUGGGGGAGUUUUAGAACUGUUCCCGAUCAAUGGGAGCUCCGUUGUUGAUCGAGAAGACGUACCUGCCCAUUUGGUGAAAGACAUACGUAACUAUUUCCAAGUGAGUCCAGAGUACUUCUCCAUGCUUCUAGUUGGAAAAGAUGGAAACGUCAAAUCCUGGUAUCCUUCCCCAAUGUGGUCCAUGGUGAUUGUGUACGAUUUAAUAGACUCAAUGCAACUCCGGAGACAGGAAAUGGCCAUUCAGCAGUCACUAGGCAUGCGCUGCCCGGAAGAUGAGUACGCAGGCUAUGGUUAUCAUAGUUAUCAUCAAGGAUACCAGGAAGGUUACCAGGAUGAUUACCGUCAUCAUGAGAGUUACCACCAUGGAUACCCGUACUGAACAGAGAUAUGUAAUCUUAGCCCCAGCCAUUGUUCCCUGCAGCUGCUGAAGCCACAUGUGGCCAGCUACAUAAAGGAGUUCUUCCACACUGCCUACAUUCCUUGCCUUUUUCUUCAGUGUUCUUCUAAGACUAAAUAAAUAGCAAACUU